CUCGGUUUGGUGGCCCAGCAUAAAAAGAUCAUGCUCCUGCUUAAAUUUUUAUUCUACAUUGUGAGAAAUGUGUUUUUGCUCUACUUUUCUAUUCCCGCUUUUGUGCAUGAUGAAAUGAACCAGCCGUCUGGAAUUUUUUUCGCUUUCGCAGUCCGACAUCGACUUGUGUCCACAGUCACUGGGCUGGCACAAAGGGAUGCCUGAAGCUGGCCGUGUCUUUUGUACAACGAAACGAAUCAUGUUGCGAGUGCGAACAGUGUUACCGGCAGUGCGUCGCUCUUUUUUUAGCAAAAGAGGAGCCGCUUUCAAUGUCAAAGUAGACAGCGACGGUUUGCCAAAACAACCGACAUGGUCCGUUCAUUCCCUUGUUUCCUCCAUCUCCGAGGACGCCGGUACCAUUAGUAACGAGCACUUUGACCAUUUAUUUCGACUUGCGCAACUGCGAGCUCCCGUUGACCCGGAGACAAGAAGCAAAUUAAAAAAAGACGUUGACCAGUUAUCGCAAUUCACACAGCAUAUUCAAACGGCCGAUUUUGGUCACGUCGAACCGUUAACUCACAUCUGGCCGGAAACGGAGGGGUUGACUCUACGCGAGGAUGUGUGCGAGGCGUCGGAUCAAAUCCGGGGACGGGCUUUGAUGGAAAAAGCCAAGCAUACGAGCGGCAACUUUUAUGCUGUACGAGGCAGUUUACCUUCCUCGGACUAGUUUAGCAUUUUUUACUUGUCCAUGGACUCUGUACGUACGUUAUCAUAUUUCGAUGCAGCGCGCUCAGACCAACGGAUUCAUCACACCUCCUGCAUAUCUUGACAUCUUUUUUUGAUAACCUUUCUAUAACCGCAUCAUUUCUUUUCCGUGCCGCAAUAACAUUGCUUAUUCUAUUUUGCCCUUGCAUACUGCUUCCUUUUGGAUCGUCAAUCUUCAUGUUGGCCACCAUCCCGUUGUAUACGAUUUCAAUUUUCACAGCAGUGGUAGAACAAGACGUUGUAUUCAAGUUUGAUCAUGCUUUGAAUAUAUUAGGACCAUACUUGCUUCUGU